GCGUGGCGAGUGAGUGCGUGUCCGACCAUAACGAGUGACCGCGCGCGAAACUGGUGACUUUUUUGGGGCUCACACUAGCUUUAUGAACGUGUGAGUCCUCCAGUGAACGCGGAGCCUGCGACGGCAGCGUCGUUUUUUCUUGCACGAGUGCUACCGUACGCCCGUGAUGAGUGACCGCGCGGAGGCCAGGCCGAGGCAGGCCUCGUCUCGGGAUGGUGGUGCCAGAGACACAUCCGCACUAGUGCACAGUGACACUACUAGCGAGCGACAAUCGGUGAGCGAGCUAGUAAGGAACUACAGUGACCCGCCCGAAGGACAGAAAAGAGACAGAUCCGAGUCCGGCGAUCCUGCACCAGCCGGCAAGCGUGGCGCAAGGGAGUUGGGCGGUGAGCCCACGCCCAGUCCGUCGGCUCUCGGCGGCCGCGGCUUCAGAGAGCGGCUGGAAGACGCGAUCGACGGCCUGGAGAGUCGGCUCGUCGCCUCCUUCUCACGUGAGCUCCACGAGUUCCGCGAGUCGCUAACAGCCGAAAUCGACAAGCUCAACGAGCGUGUCAGAGACCUGGAGCGGCACGUCGAGGUGCGAGACGGGGUCAUCGAUCAGCUAACCGACGAUCUCCGCCAGUCCAGAGCUGACAUCACGGCCCUUCAAACCAGAGUUGAAGAUGCAGAAAUAAACUCCCGCCUGCCAUGCCUCAUCUUCUCCGGUACAGCCAUGGCGCCCCGCCGCUCGGCCCGCCUGGGCGCGCCCUUGAUCAACCAGACAUCGCCGGGGGCGGCUGACGCCGCCGCUGCGACCGUGCCGCCCGGCUCCGGUCGAGGACGCGCGCCCGGGACGUCACAGUCAGCUGACCGCCAGGUCACGGCCGGCCCGGGCCAGUCGGCGGCGGACGGCGGGCGGGCGCGGUCGGGCGCGCGGGUCGGUGACCGAGAGGAGCGGGAGGAUGUGAACACACUCGUCGUGGACACCCUCAACCAGUGUAUGCCCGGUCUCAACCUGUCGUCAGCGGACAUAGAUCGGGCUCAUCGGCUGCCAGGCGCGAACCACCGGAUCAUCGUCCGCUUCGUGCGCUCUGGAGAAGGCAGCCUACGAGACAGGAUCAUGACCCGGCGCAUGGAGUUGAAGGGCAAAGACCUCUACGUCAACGAGUCGCUGACGAAGAUGAGAGGACUGAUCUUCAGAUCUCUACUGGCCGCCAAACGCGAGAAGAAGGUUUACACAGUCUACUCACGGGGCGGCCAAGUAUUCUUCAAGCAAGAGCAGUACGGCACCGGAAAGCGAGUAGACUCUUUGGAGCAGGUGCGCCGGCUCGGCUACACAGUACUCGAGCGCUGAGUACCGGCUCGCCUGUACGGCGAACUGCGCGACCGCCUGCACUCCGGGCCGUGUUCGGCGACGUCUGCUAACUUACCGGUGCCAACUUCAUCAAUCAGGUGAUGUCGUUCGAACGGGUUCAUCAGUCCAACGUCUAAUAAUAAUCGUUGUUUACCGGAAUUGUGUACCUAAGACAUAAGUUAAAGUUAAAGUUCAAUUUCAAGCAAUUGUAUCAACUUGCAACAGUGCAGUUAAUCUUUGUCUAUAGUACUUGUAGGUCGACUUCUUGAUAGUCGUUUCACUGAUUACCUUGCUAACUUUUUGUCGCGGGCUCCGCGUUCUGUUUACUUAGUUGUUUUUCACUCUUUAUGUUUUCCUUGUCAUACCCCUUAUUGCAUUACUUAAUACUGUUGUCAUCCAUACUAUCAUUGUCACUGUUUAUUGCGCCAACACUGGUUUUCGUUUCCCCCAAGAGACUCUCUGUUCGUCCGUCUGUUUUGAUUUUCCGCAGAUUAGGCAUCAUGUCCCGGAGCAGUGCGGCGUCGGCGGGGGGAUCGGCGGCGGCGCUCGGCUCGGCCUGUCCUCGGUGGGUGGCUGGGGCGGCGGCGGCGAGACUGGGAGCGCGAGCGGUCUUCUAUAGAACCCGAGGACAACAGCCGACUGCCCUCCUUGCGACCGGCGACGCUCGUACCUGUUUCCUCUUCUCACAAGCUGGAGCCCUGUGAUGGCCGAUUCCACGACUUCUGCACCGCGCGGGAAAAGCUGGCGGCGGGAGCGAGAGGGCCGUGAGCGCCGUCUGAAGGAGCGCCGCGCCGAGAAUGUCUCCAUGUCCGGAGGCCCAGAUCCGGCCGGCCCGGCGGCUCCAGCCGGCAGCCGCGCCAGCAGUACUGGCAGCUCCACGUCCAGUCGGGGUAAGGAGCGGGCCGGCGGCGGCGACCGGCGUCCCAGUCAGGGGCGCGACUCGGCCGAGACGGAGGCGCAACUCAAAGCCGGCGACGAUCGAGUCAAACAAGAGGGGGAGCAAAGGAAAUUGAGGGAAGAAGAGAAAAGAAAAGAAGAAAAAGAAGAAGAAAAACAACGCUUGGUGAAGGAGGAGGAGAAAAAGGCAGCGGAAUUGGAGCAGCAACAACUACAGGAAGAGUUAGGACACCUGAACUCAUACAUCGAUGAGCUGGAGGAGAGAAUGAGGAUUAAAGCGGAGCUCAGAGAGGCUAAUUCGGCGGCAACCAAUGAGCGCCAAGAGAUCUGUUUUUCGGCACUCGAUUCAAGUCUGAAAAAGAAUACAGCAUUUGUGAGAAAGCUGAAAUCGUUCACCGAAUCGCAGAAGGAGAGCAUUAUUCGUGAUAUGCUAACACUGAACCUGACCAAAUACGUGAGUGAAGUCGCCGCCGCGCUUGUGGAGGUGAAGCUAAAGAUGACAGAUGUUCCUGCCGUUGUAGAGGUGUGCUCGGCACUGCACUGCCGCUACGCUGACUUUUCGCCCCAGAUGAUGGAAAUCUGGCACAAGGUGCUCGCACUGCGUAAAGAUGAAAAGGUUUCGAACCCAAGCAAGCUGCGCGUGGACCUACGUCUGUACGCGGACCUGGUGUCUGUGUGCGUUCUGCCGCGCCGCGAAGCGCUGCCUUUGCUGGGCCAGGCUCUACAGGUGCUAGUGGCGCAGGAUCGGGCCGAUCACGCCAACAUCAGCGUGUUGCUCAGCUUUUGCCGGCACUCUGGCGAGGAGUACGCCGGCCUGACUCCGCGCCGCGUUCGGCAGCUCGCCGAGCGACACAACCGCGUACUGCCCAAUGCCAGUCUUCUGACGCCAGAAAAACAGAAAAAUGUCCGACAACUUUUCAAGGACUACUAUGCAUCAGUGGCCAAGCACCUGGUUGGCGAACAUCAGGCGCUCCUCAAUGUACAGCGUUCCAACAGGCACGCUCUGCAAACCAAGGGUGAGCUCUCGGCAGAGCGCCAGGAGCGGCUGCAGCAGGCCGAGUCCAGCUACCGCAAGCUACUGGCCUCGACGGAGCAGCUGGCGGAGCUGGUGGACGAGCCGCUGCCGGAGCUGCCCGAGGAUGCGGAGCAGCGCGCCGAGCAGCGACUCCUGGAGGCGGCCGAGGAGGAGGGCGUCAUUGGCGACCAGCAGCUUGUGUGGGAGGAUGACGACCAGCGCCAGUUUUACACGAGUCUGAGCGACCUGCGCGCCUCCAUUCCCAGCAUCUUGUACAGCGACAGCCAGGUGGCUGCAACGCCGCCGGUCGAGGAGCAGGCGCCCGAGGACAUGGGCGAUCUGCCGGAAGACGAAGCAGCCAAUGAUGAGCAUCUGCGGGAGCCGGAGGAGGAGCCGGAGCCAGAGACGGCCAGCAGCUCGUCCAACCGCAUGCUGCUGGAGGCCUACCUGACGUCUCUGCCUGGUCGCGUCAGUCGCAGUCUCAUCGACAGUGCAGCCGUCGAGUUUUGCAUGAGCCUCAACACUAAAAGCAAUCGCAAGAAGCUUGUGCGUGCGUUGUUCAACGUACCACGCACUCGACUGGACCUGCUACCUUUCUACGCGCGGCUUGUUGCUACGCUGCACCCUUGUAUGCCUGACGUGGCCACCGAGCUGGCAAUGAUGCUCAAAGCCGACUUCAAGUACCACGUCCGUAAGAAAGAUCAGAUCAACAUCGAAACCAAGUUGAAGGUGAUGCGCUUUAUCGGAGAGCUGGUUAAGUUUGGUAUGUACGGCCGCAACGAAGCGCUCUGGUGUGUGCGGAUGUUGCUAAAUGACUUUACUCACCAUCACGUGGAAAUGGCCUGUGCGCUGUUGGAGACGUGCGGACGCUUCCUGUACCGCACCGCCGAGACGCACGUGCGCACUAAGGUAUACUUGGAGCAGCUGAUGCGCAAGAAGGCGGCCAUGGCUUUCGACAGUCGCUACGUGACCAUGAUCGACAACAUGUACUACACAGUGCUGCCCCCUGAAGGCGCUGCUCUUUGCGUACAGAAGGUCCGUCCGCCGCUUCACAACUAUAUGAGGAAGCUCAUCUAUCAAGAUUUGGCCAAGAACACAACGGAGAAGGUCCUUCGGCAACUGCGAAAGCUGGACUGGAAGGAUGCAGACACAGCAUCCUACUGCAUCAAGUGUCUGUCGUCGGUGUGGCGCAUCAAGUACUACCACAUCCGGUGUUUGGCCAGCCUCGUCGCCGGCCUGGCGCAGUACCAAGAGGAGGUGGGACCCCGGGUGGUGGACAACACUCUUGAGGACGUUCGACUUGGCAUGGAGAUCAACGAGGUGCGGUUCAAUCAGCGGCGUAUCAGCGUGGUACGCUACCUGGGCGAGCUAUACAACUACCGGCUGCUGGACACUGGCGUGGUGUUCAAGGUGCUGUACUCGCUGAUCUCGUUCGGCGUCAGCCUGGACCCGGAGGUACCGUCGCCGCUGGACCCGCCCGGCAGCGAGCUCCGCCUGCGGCUGGUCUGUGUCCUGCUCGACACGUGCGGCCGCUACUUCAGCUCCGGAUCGGCCAAACGCCAGCUGGAUCACUACAUCGUCUACCUGCAGCGGUACUUCUGGGCGCGGAAGGCGGCGGCGGCGGCGGCGGCGGUGGUGGCCGAGGAGGCCGGCGCGGAGCCGUUCCCUGUACGGCUGGAGUACAUGUACCGCGACACGCUGAGCGCCCUGCGGCCCCGCGCCACGCUGCACAGCAGCCGCGAGGCUGCCGUGGCUGCCGCCGAGAAACUAGAUGAAGAGCUGCGCCGCCGGCUGGCGGAGCUGGUGCCGGCCGCGGCGCCGGACAGGGCCACCGGCGCCGGAGACGCCGAACUGCCGGUGAUCGCCGAGGAGCCACCGGCCGGUGCCGUGGGCGAGGACGGCGACUUCGACGAGCCGGAGGAGGAGAGCCUUUCACAGCAGCUCACUCCUCCCGACGGCGACGAGCAGGACGAAGCGGAUGAAAGGGACGAGGUCGCCCCUCGCGGCACACAAGACGACGUCGAGGACGAGCUGACCGACGAGCUGGGCGCCAGCGACGUGGACGCAGCGGCGUCGGACGCCACCGACGCUCUGGCGCCGCAGCGGAUCGCCUGUCCAGAGGACGACGACUUCCUCGCGGCCCUCGACCAGAUGGUGUCGGAGAGCAUCAUGGAGCGCAGUCGGGAGGCGGUGAAGCCUCAGUUUGAGCUGUCGGCGCCGGUGUCCACGGGCGGUCCCGUGCGGAAAACGUACGGCGACCUGACGGCGGAGCGCACCGAGGCGGAUCGGCCGGCGCCGAGCACCGUCACCUUCCUGCUGCUGAUGCGGCGCGGCAACAAGCAGCAGCACCGCAGCCUGGCCGUGCCAGACGACUCGGAGCUCGCCGUCAGCCUGAGGUCGCACGAAGAGGCCGAACGCCAGGAGCGCGAGAGAGUGAAGCAGCUGACGCUGAACAUUAACGAGCGUCAGGAGGAGGAGGAGAUGCAGGAGCUGAACAGCGCGCCCGCCCGGCCGCUGAACCCCAACAGGGACCGGCGGCCCAAAUAUCAGCACGCCAAGGGCGUGCCAGACGCCGACCUCAUCUUCGGCCCGAAGCGGUCAAACCUACGGUGACCUGUAGGCGGACCGGCCAACAAACAAGAAUUUCAGCAGCGUGCGUCGUGCUGGCGCUGAAGGGCGGCUGCGUUGGACCACGGGCCGGGCGGCGGCAGAUCGCCGCGCCACCAGCCGACCACCAUUGCCCGAGGCAGGCACCGUGCGGCGGCGCCGGCGCAGUGUCAGCCACGCCAGCGGCUCAGCAGCGCGAGACAGCUGGUCCGCGCCGGCGGUCGCACCGGGCGCGAGACGCCAGCGCCGCCCCAUCCGCGGAUCAGUGCAAACGCGGCCACAGAAAAAGUGCGUACAAAAUGUCCGUGCCGCGGAGAAGACGCGCCGGCGGCGGCCGCCCGCUCCGCGCCGCCGCCGUCUGUAGUUGUCGCUGAUCUCCGGCUCUCGUAUCUGUUUUAUCACUGUAACUGAACUCUGUGAUUGCCUGCAUUUUUCACCGAGCCUGUCAAUUAUUUCAGCCGUGUGUAAUUUGUGUACUUGGCAUACCAACGCCAGACGGCUGUUAAAUUUCGCAAGUAGUUUUCUGUUCUUUCUCGGCAAGCUAUGAUAAAAUACAUUUCUUUGCUCA